AGCCCCGCCAGCGUCCAGUUGCGGUCAGAUCGUCAAUAGGAAAUAAUACAUCGAGAGUUAUACAUUUGCGCCGUGGUGCCUCGCGUGGAGAAAGUAUUAUUAGACCAACGAAAUGGCUCAGAAAAUCUUCUGCCAUAUAUUGAUCGUGACCCUGCUCGUGAUCGGGGCCGAUGCCCGACCCUCAGCGGGGGAGGAGGUGAACGUGGACCCCAGCGAGUACCACGGGAACCUCUCGGUGGAAACCGUGCUGAAGGUGCAGCAGUGCGAGAAGGACUCCAACACGAUGGAGCUGUGCAUGCGGUGUGCCAAGGUGACCAAGUCGGACUUCGUGUACCCCGUCUGCUGCAGCAACGACGACGGCAUCAAGGACUGGUGCAGGGAGUACGUCUACUACGGCAACGAGUAGAACCCGGAGGCCGGACAGGGGGCGAUCCCAACUCUGUAAAUUACUUCGCACUCCUGCAUGGACAUUGGCUGUGAUAACCCACUGUAUUUAUUUUAAAUUAUAUUUAGGAAUAAACAAGGCUAAAUUAGCGUA